AUGUCGUCUAACACUGGAUCUGAGCCUUCCAAGACCAGCGGACAAUUCCACUCCGUGAAGGGCACGCUUGUCGAGGCGGUCGGUAACGUUACCGGACUGCAGUCGUGGACCCAAUCUGGGCAAGAAGAGCAUGCUGCCGGCGAGGCCGAGUACAACGCGGCUCGUGCGAAAGGUUACGCCGAAGGAACUGUAGACCGUCUCGAGGGUAAGAAGGACGCUGUGGUCGGCGCCAUCACUGGUGACCGUCAGCAAGAGACAGUUGGCAAUAUCAAGCACGAUAAAGGCCAAGCGCAGCAGGAAAUCAACAAGAAUGCUUGA